UGGCUAAGCCUCUUUAAAGCCUCAAAUCAGAGAUUCUGAGCGUAAGAGAGAGUGCGAGCCAAGCCAUGGCAACCCUCGCGCUCCCGCUAGUCAUAUCCGUUUUAAAACCCCAAUUCACCCGCCUCUUCCUCUUCCGCUCCCCCGCCACCGUUGUCGGAAGGCCAAACGCUAACCGCUUUUUUCUCAAUCGCCACCGCCCCCGCCCCCGCCACUUCACUAAAACCACCGCCUCCGCUAUUAGUACCAAUUCUUCUAUUCAACAGCAUUCCUCAACAAACCCUUACAAUGAGCCUCAAAACACCUCUGUCCCUACUUUCCAACAAGCAAUUCAGCGACUCCAGGAAUAUUGGGCUUCAGUUGGAUGUGCAGUGAUGCAGUGUAGCAAUACAGAGGUUGGAGCCGGGACUAUGAAUCCUCUUACAUUCUUAAGAGUUCUUGGUCCUGAACCAUGGAAUGUGGCGUACGUGGAGCCUAGUAUUCGCCCAGAUGAUAGUCGUUAUGGGGAAAACCCAAACAGACUACAGCGUCACACACAGUUUCAGGUUAUACUAAAACCUGAUCCUGGAAAUUCACAAGACCUAUUUAUUCGAAGUCUCUCUGCGUUAGGUGUUGAUGUUAAUGCACAUGAUAUACGAUUUGUGGAGGACAAUUGGGAGAGCCCGGUACUUGGCGCUUGGGGUUUGGGCUGGGAAAUCUGGAUGGAUGGGAUGGAGAUCACUCAAUUCACCUACUUUCAGCAGGCUGGAAGUCUUCAACUGUCGCCCAUAUCUGUUGAAAUCACUUACGGCCUCGAGCGCAUCCUCAUGUUGCUUCAGGGAGUUGACCAUUUUAAGAAAAUUCGAUAUGCUGAUGGCAUUACAUAUGGGGAGUUGUUCUUGGAAAAUGAGAAGGAAAUGAGUGCGUAUUAUUUAGAACAUGCCAGUGUUCAUCAUCUUCAAAAGCACUUUGAUUUUUUUGAGGAAGAAGCCCGUUCCUUGCUUGCCUCUGGUCUUCCAAUCCCUGCGUAUGAUCAGCUACUGAAGACCUCUCAUGCUUUCAAUAUCUUAGAUUCUAGAGGUUUUGUCGGGGUAACAGAGCGUGCUCGAUAUUUUGGUCGAAUGCGUAGCUUAGCUCGUCAAUGUGCUCAACUUUGGUUAAAGACCAGGGAAUCCCUUGGACAUCCUCUGGGUACUGUUUCUGAACCUGCUCAACUUGUAUCUGCUAAAGAGCUUUUGGAGGCAGCUGUCAAAAAGGUGCAUGAUGAGCAAAGGUUUUUUGUUCUUGAAAUUGGUACUGAAGAGAUGCCUCCUCAAGAUGUAGUUCAUGCAGGGCAGCAACUCAAAGAUUUAGUGUUGCAAUUGCUAGAGAAACAACGAUUGAGUCAUGGCAAAGUUGAAGCUUUUGGUACUCCUCGCCGACUAGUGGUUUGUGUUGAGAGUCUUUCCACUAAGCAAGCUGAGAUUGAGCUUGAGGUUCGAGGACCUCCUGUUUCAAAGGCCUUUGAUCAAGAAGGAAAUCCUACAAAGGCUGCUGAGGGUUUUUGUCGUAGAUACAACAUAUCAUUGGACUCAUUGUUUAGAAAGGUUGAUGGCAAAACGGAGUAUGUACAUGCCCAUGUAAGGGAGACUGCACGAUUUGCUUUGGAGAUUUUAUCUGAAGAUUUGCCCAGUACCAUCAGUAAAAUAUCAUUCCCAAAGUCAAUGCGCUGGAACUCUCAGGUCAUGUUCAGCAGACCAAUUCGUUGGAUUAUGGCCUUGCAUGGAGAUGUGGUUGUUCCAUUUGCAUUUGCUGGAGUUUUGAGUGGGAACCUAUCUUAUGGCCUUCGUAAUACCCCCUCAGCUACUGUUCAGGUUGAAAGUGCAGAAUCUUAUGAAGGUGUAAUGCAAAAUGCUGGAAUUAAUAUUGAAAUUGAGGGUCGAAAACGAAGCAUCUUGGAGCAAUCUAAUGAAUUAGCAAAAAGUGUCAAAGGACGCAUCCUUAUUCAGGAAAGCUUACUUAAUGAGGUUGUCAAUCUUGUUGAGGCACCAGUUCCUGUGCUUGGGAAGUUUAAAGAGUCCUUCUUGGAACUUCCAGAAGAUCUUUUAACAAUGGUCAUGCAAAAACACCAGAAGUAUUUCGCCAUAACUGAUGAUAGUGGAAGGCUGCUGCCAUUUUUUAUUGCUGUGGCAAAUGGAGCAAUCAAUGAAACCGUGGUAAAGAAAGGGAAUGAAGCUGUGCUUAGAGCUCGCUAUGAAGAUGCAAAAUUUUUCUAUGAGAUGGAUACACGCAAGAAGUUCUCCGAGUUCCGAAAUCAACUAGAUGGGAUUCUUUUUCAUGAAAAGUUAGGAACAAUGCUUGACAAGAUGAUGCGCGUUGAAAACAUGAUCACCAAACUAACUGUGGAGUUGGGAGUUAACGAAGAUGUGAUUCAGGUUGUCCAGGAUGCGGCAUCGCUUGCUAUGUCAGAUCUUGCUACUGCUGUUGUGACAGAAUUCACUGCCCUUUCAGGAAUAAUGGCACGCCAUUAUGCUCUUAGGGAAGGCUAUUCAGCACAGAUUGCUGAGGCCUUGCUAGAAAUUACACUUCCUCGAUUUUCUGGAGAUAUGGUUCCAAAAACUGAUGCAGGGAUAGUUUUGGCAAUUGCUGACAGAUUGGACAGCCUUGUUGGCUUAUUUGCUGCUGGUUGUCAACCUAGUUCCGCUAAUGACCCAUUUGGCUUGCGAAGAAUCUCUUAUGCUCUAGUCCAAAUAUUGGUGGAUAAUGAUAAAAAUUUGGAUUUGGUUCGUGCUUUAAGACUUGCUGCUGACGUGCAACCCAUCAAAGCAGAUGUCUCAAUGAUUAAUGAUGUACAUCUAUUUGUUACUCGAAGAUUGGAGCAAUUCCUGGUUGACAAGGGAAUAAGGCCAGAAAUUGUUCGUUCUGUUCUUGCAGAACGUGCAAGUUCCCCUUGUCUGGCAGCGAAGACAGCAUAUAAAAUGGAGGCUUUGUCAAGAGAAAAUCUUUUCCCUAAGGUAGUUGAAGCAUAUUCUCGUCCAACAAGAAUUGUCCGUGGCAAGGAUGUGGACACUGAUAUGAAGGUGGAUGAGGCUGCGUUUGAAACAGAUGAAGAGAGAGCUUUAUGGAGCACUUUCACGUCCACUAAAAGCAAAAUUUAUCCUGGCAUUGAGAUUGAUGAGUUUGUUGAGAUAUCCUCAGAGCUACUACAGCCGCUUGAGGAUUUCUUCAAUAAUGUUUUUGUCAUGGUGGAAGAUGAAAGAAUCAGGAAGAACAGGCUUGCUCUGCUAAAUAAAAUUGCAGACCUGCCUAGAGGCAUAGCAGAUCUUUCAGUUUUACCAGGAUUUUAGAAUUUGCCAACAAUUCAUUUUGCGAUCAUGAGGAGAAAAGGAAAAGGUGAGAUGAGAAGAAAAGAUGAUUUGGAGUAGAUAAUGUUUUUGGGAUCGGCGUGUGCAUAAAACCUCAUUAUAUCGAGGCAUGUAAAAAUUUUGAUACGUUUUUGCUGGUGGCAAUGGUUUAAAUUAUUUUAAUAUAAUAAUAUAUGAGAAAUAAUUAUUCA